UCAAGAAAGCAAUAAACCUUUCUUCAGAUAUUUCUCCUUCUUUUCCGUUUAACAUGGAACACUAUGUUUUCCUCAUUAUCAAACUUCCAGGUGUCGUCUUCUAAUCAACCUCCACUUUUUACUAACCCUUCUAUUAAGCUAUUUCCUAGUGACUCUAAUGUAGAUACAUUUGAUGAGCUCCAUGAUGCCUCUCCACAUGCUCCACCUAGUUCUAUAGAAGAUGCUCUGCCAGUUGGUAAUACAUUAAACAAUGGUGAGUCUUCUUCCCUUCCCUCUUUUAUAUCACCUAUUGGAUCUGACCCUAUUGAGCCUGAAAAUGAGUUCCUUAAUCCACCUUCAAGUCGUCCUACUUGGGUAAGAAAUACUCCUAACUAUCUUUACGACUAUCAUUGUUUUCCUGCUAUUACCUUCUUACAUGAGCCUCAAUCUUAUGAAGAGGCCUCUUCUAACCCUCUUUGGCAGCAAGCUAUGCAAGAUGAAUUACAAGCUCUUGAGAAAACUCAUACAUGGGAUUUAGUUGAUCUUUCUGCUGGAAAGCCUUUGGAAUAUGGGAUUGAUUAUGAGGAAACCUUUGCACAUGUUGCUUGUCCUACUUCAGUUUGUAGUUUGAUUGCUAUUGCUGCUGCAAAAGGAUGGAAAUUGUUUCAGAUGGACGUGAAAAAUGCCUUCCUAAAUGGUGAUCUUGUAGAGGAAGUUUACAUGCAACCACCUCUUGGACUUGAGCAUCCUGCAAACAAAGUUUGACAAUGGAAGCGAGCUUUGUAUGGUUUGAAACAAGCACCUCGAGCUUGGUUUGAUAAGUUUAGCACCACCAUCAGUGAGUUUGGUUUUACUUCUAGUCCUCAUGAUACUGCAUUGUUCAUAUGCAAGACUAAUCAUGGUUUGGUUCUAUUACUUCUUUAUGUUGAUGAUAUGAUCAUUACUGGGGAUGAUAUUUCAAGUAUUCAUGAUCUUAAGCAAUUUCUCAAUCAUAAGUUUGAGAUGAAAGAUCUUGGUGUUUUGAGUUAUUUCUCAGGACUUGAGGUCACUUUUCUAAUGAUGGUUAUCUUUUCUCCCAAACAAAAUAUGCUUCUGAUC